AUGUCUUUGCUUUCAGAAUAUGCAUUGCGCAAGUCUCGGCUGAGUGCCCGGCUCUUUGGUGAAGUGGCCAGGCCUACUGAUUCGAAGUCCAUGAAAGUGGUGAAGCUAUUCAGUGAACAGCCCUUGGCCAAGAGGAAUGAGACUUACGACUGGUAUCCAAAUCACAGCACUUACUAUGCACUCAUGAGCACACUCCAUUUUUUUGGCCUCUACAGAGAUGAGCAUCAGGAUUUUAAGAAUGAGCAAAGGCAUCUAAAGAAACUCCGUGGAAAGGGGAAACCAGGAAAAAGAGAAGGGAAAAGAGCCACCAAA